AUGAUAAGAGUAAUAACUACAAAUCAACUAUCAUCAUCAUCAUCAACUGUUAUUGCUACAAGCUUUAGAAGUAUUAUGACUGCAGCAUUUAAGAACACACCAAAAGAUGUCUAUUUUGGAAAUGAAGUUUUGAACAGGGUUUCAUUUUUACGUGAAGAUAACGAAUUUAUUCAUUCGAGUUUAUUUCAUCCUUCUACAAGAUUUAUAUUUUAUAAUGAACAACAACCUUUAGUUCAUAAAAAUUUUGAUAGAAAGUUGUGUAUUUUGAAAAAUGGAUCUAAUCAAGGAAGUAUUGAACAAGAACCUGAUGGUGGAUUGGGUUAUACUGGUACAAAAGCUGUUAUUGAAUCAGGAAUGAUGGAAAAUUUACCUAGUUGGAAAUCUACUUUACAAACUUGGUAUCAUGAUAAUAAAUAUCAUGAAAAAUCAUUAAGAGAUGAUGGCAAACCUGUGUUUUUAUUCAUGGGGAUCUUGGAUGAAUCUAUUGGAUUGAAUUUGAAAAGUUUGAAAUUUUUAGAAACUUCUGAAGAAACUUAUCUUGAUCAUCAAGGAAGAUAUCAAGGUAUUGCAUAUUAUGCCGUUGAUCUUACUAAACUGAAAGCAUUACGUAAAGAAAUUGUGAAAUUUGUUAAUGAUUCUAUCAAUUCCCUGCAAUCGUCUGAUAACUCACCAAUCGACAAUGGUAUAUAUUUCACACAUUCUAGAAAGCAUUAUUUGGGUUUUAAAGAAAGAGAGGCAAGUUUAUUCUCUCAAGGUGCCAUGUUUUUUAGUUGGCUCGAUACCAACAAAUUUUGUCCUGGUUGUGGUCUGCCGUCAAUACCUAUUCAUGCAGGUGGUAAAUUAUUCUGUACCAGUGAAGAAAAAAGUGAAGAAGAUAAUGAGGUAUUCAAGUGUCCCGUGAAAAGUGCCAGAGUUUCAAAUGCAUCUUUUCCAAGAACGGACAUGGCUGUGAUAUCUAUAAUAACAAAUGAAGAUCGUUCCAAGGUUCUUUUAUCAUUGAACAAAAGAUAUGCAAUUGCUAGAAUGUAUACCUGUACUGCUGGGUUCAUGGAACCUGCAGAAAGUGUUGAGGUUGCCACUAGAAGAGAAAUCUGGGAAGAAACAGGUGUUGUAUGUGAUGAUAUUCAAAUAGUCAACACUCAACCUUGGCCAUUCCCUCAAAACUUAAUGAUUGGAUGUAUGGGAGUUGUGAAAUUCAACAACAAGAAUGAAAUCAUCCAUUUGGGUCAUGAUAAUGAGUUAGAGGACGCAAGAUGGUUUGACAUUGAGUUUGUGAGAAAAUUAGUAUACCCAGAUGAGGUUACCGAGGAAGAAAAAGAAACCUUCAAUCCAGAAGGAAUCAUUAUUCCAAUGAAAGAAUCCAUAGCUCAUCUGUUGAUAAAAUUAGUUGUUGAUGAAGCUAGUAAGAGAAGUAAAUUAUAA